GAAUAUAUACAUUUUUAAAUUUAAUUUUUAUUUUAAAACAAAUCGAAUUUAAGUUAAGAAGUAACUUUGAAGAAAAUCGAUGACAUUUCUAAUAUAAAUUUACAUAUAAAAUGACAGCGACCUUCAUUUUAUCGUCAUCGCUGACGCCGUUUUUUUUUUUCGAUCAUACGGUAUAAUAUACCGAAAUUGCGAAGGCAAUUAAAGCUUCACCUAAACAAACCGUCAUAGCAGGCGGCUGUAAAUCUAAAAGAUCAUUAAAAUGAUUUAAUAGAACGCUUAUUACUACGCGCCAAUAUAAUUUUACGAUUUAGCCAUAUGGAUUGAAGAAGCGUCUUAGAAGUUUUUUUUGCCAGCCAGACUUAUUCAUAUUUCGCCCAGGUUUAUGUUAAAAACGUCUCCAGCGAUGCUGGUAUUGUUUUACGUUGUUAGUUUCAUAGUUCUGAACCAGGUUUAUUGUGUACCACCGAGUACUACAGGCCGUGUACUACCGUCCAGUAGUCACGAAGAUGUAGUGUCUGAAGUUGCAACCAUUAGAAACACUAUGAAAGUCUUGUCAGAACAAUGGGAAAAAUGGAAUACACUGUUCAUCACUUCGCUAGAACCAAGGAUAACAUCAACAGCAUCUACUUUAUCUACCAUAGAUAGCAAUAUCCACAAUUUACAGGAAAGAACUCACGUUUGGGACACAUUUCAGCUUCAUGUUGCAGCCUGGAACGAUCAGCUAGCUUCCCUGGAUAGCAAAAUCGACAUUUUAAGCAAAGGCAUGGAGAAACUAAUAGUUAUAGACAGCAAACUCAGCACCAUGCUUCAAUCCGAAUACAAACUCGACAGACUGACCAAAAUAGUCAACACCCUGGAAGAAUCUCUUCUAGAUCUCGGAUCUUCAGUUAAAAACAAAUAUAAACCCUCCAAAGACUCGCUCUUUGAAGAAUUCGCAGCCCGUGGUAUUUUAAGUUCCCUAAAACUAGUUGAAAGAAAACUGGAUAGGCUCUUGAUCGGAAAACAAAAUGAUUUGAUGCGUUUGAAAACUCUAGAGGAUAGCAACACAAAAUGCAACUUGCCUAAACAAACUGAAGAACUGUUAAACGAUAUUUCAUCAAAAGUUGAUGUUAUUUUUGAUGGAAUCAAUAAAAAAUUUGAUCCAGAUUACACAGAUGACUAUACUGAUGGAAAAUAUCAUGAAGGAAGUGGUAAUCCAGAUAGUUCAACGAGUUUAGAGCAAAAUAUCACUUCUAAAAAGCCUUCUUUUGUCACUCAUCGAAAGCCUUUAGAAGAAAUAUUCAGUAAAAUUUUAGAAAUUGACAGAAAUACUUACAGUUUACAAAAAGACAUUUCCAAUAUUAAUUACAAUCUCCAGAAUGUAUGCAACAAGACAGUUUUAGAACAAACUUUUAGAACAGUUUUCGAGAACUAUCGAGACGAUCAGAAUCAGUAUAUAAACUCGUUGCUGAACAGUUAUUUUCGAGAACAAAGAACUUAUGAGAAGUCUAUGUUUGCCAGGUUGAAUCAGAGUGUGUGUAAUGUUAAAAACAAAGAGAUUGUACCCCUAUAUCCUAGCUCAACUGAAAGAAUCAGGGAACAAAUUGUACCAGUUACAACAGAAACAGUACUAAAACCCCCUACUAUCAAAUUAAACGUCAAAAAUGAUUUGAAUUACGUAACAAAUCAAAACAAAACAUCUUGUGAUCAUCUUGAUAUAGAUAACAACACCAGCGGUAUCUAUGUUUUUAAGAACAAUUUUGCUGAUUUUCGAAACGAAAGAUUUUUUAACAAAAAAUUCUGUCUGGUUAGAGAUGAUGGUUUGUGGACUGUAAUACAACGCAGAAAUAACUACACGCUUCAACAAGAUUUUAAUGUAUCCUGGAAUGAUUAUAAGUUAGGCUUUGGGGAUCUCGAGAGGGAUUUCUGGAUAGGUAAUAAUUUUCUGGCUAGAUGGUCGAAAAAUAACGAUUUGACGCUGAGAAUUGAACUGGAAGAUUUCGAUGGUAACUAUGCAUGGGCUGAGUAUACCAGGUUCCAGGUUUUGGACGAGGAGGAAGAAUAUAAGUUAGUUAUUGGUGGUUACUCUGGAAAUUCAUCUGAUGCAUUGCUAAGCCACGAUGGUGCUUUGUUCAGUACUUUUGACAGAAAAAAUGACCAGGCACCCGAUUGCUGUCCUUGUUCAGUAUCAUAUGGCGGGGGUUGGUGGUUUACAAGUUGCUUUGAGUCAAAUUUGAACGGCCUCUACUACAGAAAACCAUACGUAAAUGACUAUUUCCGAGGAAUCAUUUGGGAGCAUUGGUUGGGAAACUAUUCAUUGAAAAAGUCCGUCAUGAUGGUCAAAUCCAACGGAUACACCCAACUCUACCAUCCAAACAGAACUCGAGUCGAGGAACCGUGAAAUAUUGCAUUUUAAUUUCAAACUGAAAUAAAAAACAUAUUUUUGUGUUUUU